GCAAAUGUUUACCACGCUUAUCAAAUGAUACACGCUCACGGCAUACCUGAUGAAAAUAUCAUUGUUUUUCAUUACGAUGACCUGGCUGACAAUCCUAAUAACCCUUACCCUGGUACGGUAAUAAACCUACCUGGUGGACCCGACGUUUAUAAGGGUGUACCCAAGACUUAUACUAAAGCUGAUGUGACUCCUGAGAAUUUUUUGGCUGCCCUUAGUGGGGAUGAGAAACUGGAAAAGUCUGGCAAAAAAGUGGUCAAAAGUGGACCCAACGAUCGCAUAUUUGUUUUCUUACAGGACCAUGGUGGUAAACAGACUGUAAUGUUUCCAAACGGUGUACUACACGCCCAGGACUUGAAUAACGUGUUGAUUGAUAUGCAUAAGCAAAAUAAGUUCAAGGAAAUGACCUUUUACCUCGAGUCGUGUUAUUCAGGCUCUAUGUUUGACAAACUACUACCUAAUAACAUUAAUAUAUACGCGGUAACCACCUCUCGACCUGACCAGUUAGCUUGGUUCUGUUGCUACGACUCUAAAUGGGGAACUGAGCUAGCCACUGAUUUUGCUAAAGCAUGGCUUAAUAAUAGCGAUCACAGCGAUUUGAGCAAGGAACUUUUAUCGGAACAAUUUGAAUUCAUUUACAAGUACCAGGGUAAUGAGGAGGCUAUGCAAUACGGAGACUUAUCCAUUGUAAAGGAAACUGUUGGCACUUAUAUGGGUAAUAAAAAAGUACCAAGUAAACCCCCAGUGCAAACAGCGUGCAAGUCGGUACCGGUACCUGAAGCACCGGUACAUAGAUUACAAGAGCUAAUAACAAGUUCAAAUGAUAUUGACCUGAAGCAAAGAUAUGUCACAGAAUUGGAGGGUUUGUUAAGCCGUCGGAAACUAAUGGAUAAACAGAUCGAGGAAUACGUGAAUGAAUUGCCGGCAAUUGACGCCAAUAUCGCA